GCAGAGGGAUUGAUUUCAAUGGUGCAAAUUUUUGUGUUAUAUGCAACCAGGUUUGUGAAUCUUGCUCUCAUUUGUUUUUACAUUGCCCUCAAAUAUGGUCCUUAUGGUGUGAGAUUAUUUCUCGUGAGGGUUUUCUCUGGGUCAUGCCAUCUUCUUUAUCUGAACUGUUUCUGGAAUGGGAUAAUCUCCCACAUAUGUCUGAUGAAAUCUUAUGGAAGCUGUCCCCAUUUGCGCUUCUGUGGUCAAUUUGGAUCGAAAGAAAUAAUUCGUGCUUCAAUCUGAAAAUUUUUAGCAGCUUAGAGGUAUGGGAUUCUCACUUAAUGCGCAUUGGUUGGUGGAGUUACGAUUUGUUACAUCAGAAUGCAUAUAGUAUUGAUCAACUUGCUAGAAAUUUUGUUCACAUUAAAUUCUCUCCCAAACAUCAAAGGAUGCGUGUGGCUUGCUGGGCUCCUCAUGAGGUGGGUAUAAUUAAGGCGGAAAAAAAAAUUACGAAAAAGGGGUGAAAAAAAUGGAAUUUACAGGAAUGGUGUGUUUUUGGCCACCGUGGCAAGGAGGUGGGAUCCGCUCCACCUAACGCGAAUCACAAAGGUACCAUUCGCCCCACAUGAAACGCAUGCAUGACAUUUCUUUCCGUCAGAGAUUCCCUUCAUUCCCAAGGAGGAAUCUGAAUCUGUUGGCAUUUAUUGCAUACGCCCUAAAGCAGGCACAGUCAUGUCAGGUGAAACAUGAUGGCUGACCGGAGACAUGCAGCAGCCAUGUCAACGGUUACGCGCCAGACGAGGCGGUGGCACGUGCAUUGGAUUCGCGUGAUCUGACGCAUAUUUAUUGUCCAACACUUUAAAUUGAGCGAAUGCUCUGCUUGGGGGACAAAAAUGACAUGACCGGCACGGGGGAACAGGAAUGAUGCAUGGCAUGCGUGUGAUAUGGGGCGAAUUAUUAAAAAAUGAAAUCGCCUCAAAUCAACCGAAUUGUUUAAUAAAAAUACACUAUAUUACACACUGCGAAAUCAUUAUGCUCACACUAAAAAAAAACAAAGUUACAAUCGAAAAAAAUAUUGUUGAGCUCAUUUUGAAUUUCUAAAGAUGAACCAAGUAAUUGCUUGUGUGUAUUACAAUGGUAGAUAUUAUGAGGGCAGUGAAGGUAUGACAUUUGAAGGCUCGAAGAAGAUGAUGCGUUUGAAACGCAACAUCACAUUCAACAACUUGAAAAAGUUAAUUCAUGAGAAGUUGAAGCUUGGAUGUAACCAAGUUAUUUCCUCUGUGGGCUUUAGGUAUUUGUCCUCAUCUGAUCCAGUUCAGUAUACAGGUCUCGUGAUAGUGGAUACUGAUGAUGUGGGGAUCAUGAUGGAUAUAUUUACUCAGCAGUGUGGCCACCGGUCAGUGGUGACCAUGUUGGAGCUUUAUGUUCAAAUUGAUGAGGCAGGAAGUUCAUCAAUACCUGUUUCAACAAAUCCUACAACCACUCAUCCGACAUUAACUGACGAGGGCGUCACACAAGUGGAGAUCCAUGAAGCUGAACCAGAGAAUGUUCAUUUGGGUCCCACAGUUAAUUUGGAUGAUGAUGAUGAUCUCCACCAUUACCUAAUUGACAAUCCUGACAUCAUAUAUUUAGAACCAGAGGGAAGCGAAGAUGAAAGAAGGCUUCAAGAUUCCGAUGGAGACUCAUCGGACUCAGACCAAGAGGGUGGACAGCAUAGGACACAUGAUCUCCCUGUUAAUUCUCAAGUGCAAGCUAUCCCAAACACCACACCAUUUUGGGAUUCUGCUCCACACUACUCAUAUAUCAAUUGGGAUCAUCCAGAUUAGGAGACAGAUUUUUUUCCUGGUACCAAUGAGGGUGGAUCGUGGGAGUUAGGUGAUGAUUUGUAUGUUGGUUUACGUUUUGAGAGCAAGGAAGAUGCCAAGAUGGGCCUUAAGCAUUAUUGUUUCAAACGCCAUCAAACCUAUAAGAUACUCGAAUCCAAACCAAUUUAUUUUACUGCCAAUUGUCCCAAUCAUUUGGAUGGAUGCCUUUGGAGGAUGAGAGCACUCAUGGACAAAAAUAUCGAUAAGUGGGUUAUAUCUAGGUGGGUCGGCCCUCAUACGUGCGUCAAUCCGAUGAGAUCGCAGGACCACACCAAGAUGACUUCCGAUGUCAUAUGCUCUUACAUACUGGGCAUGGUAGGUGGUCGACCAUAUGUCCCCAUUGCAGCCAUACAGGAGAGAAUCAGCGGGGAACUUAACUAUCAAGUGUCAUACAUGAAAGCAUGGUUAGCGAAGCAAAGGGCACUUGCGAAGGUGUUUGGCAAUUGGGAAGAAUCUUACGCAGAGCUCCCAAGAUUGCUUGGUUAUAUGAGUUCAUUUUCCCCAGGAUCCUACUACUAUAUUUACACAGAUGCUUAUAUCGGUGCGGAUGGUUUUGUUGAUGGUAGUGUGCACAAAUUCCGUCGAGUGUUCUGGACUUUCAAACAGUGUUGUGAAGCUUUCAACUAUUGUAAGCCGAUGAUCUAGAUAGAUGGCACUUUUAUGUAUGGAAAGUAUAAAGGAACGUUAUUGAUUGCCACCACUCAGGACGGAAACUCUAACAUUUUACCGAUAGCUUUUGCAAUAGUGGAGAGUGAAAGUACGAGUUCAUGGGGUUGGUUUUUGCGUCUGAUAAGGCAACAUGUUACUCAGAAACAAGGUAUAUGUUUGAUAUCAGACAGACAUGCAGGCAUCAAGGCCGCGGUAAGGGAUGCGAGAAAUGGGUGGCAGCCUCCAAAUGUGCAUCAUGUGUAUUGCAUCCGCCACAUUGCUAGCAACUUCAACCAUAGGUUUAAGAACGCAAAGCUUAAACAAGAGCUGGUUAUGAUGGGUUACGAGCCAUGUUUGUACCUUUUUGAACGGAGGUUGGCCAAGUUUCGACAGACUAGCCCAGCUAUCCAAGCAUGGAUUGAUGGAAUCAGUAGGGAGAAAUGGAGCCUCGCCUGUGACAUCGAUGGUGGUAGAUUCGGCCACAUGACAACCAACCUUGCAGAAUCUGUUAAUAAAGUGUUCAAGGGCGCUAGGAACAUGCCGAUCACUGCACUUGUCAAAUGCACAUAUGCCCGUCUUGUAGAUUACUUUGUUCAAAGAGGCAUUGCUGCAAGUGAUCAACUGCAGGCCCGCAAGGUAUACUGCCACAAGGUCAUGGUCGCAUUAGCCAAAAAUCAUGAAAAGGCAAGUGCUCAUAUGGUGCGCACGUAUAACGUGGAGCGAACAAGGUUUGAGGUCGAGGAAGGAUUCAACCAGCAUACGCAUCGUAAUGGUUAUAGGUGGAGUGUUCGGCUAGACGAGUGGACAUGCGAGUAUGGACGUUUCCAAGCCUUCAAGUAUCCAUGUGAUCACGUGAUCGCGGCAUGCGCUCGACAGUCCAUUAACUAUUAUGAUUUUGUUGACCCUGUGUAUAAGUUGGAGACUGUAAGGGAUGCUUAUAAAGCUUAGUGGUGGGCCCUUGGAAAUGAAUUGAACAUUCCUCCAGCAGGUGAUGGCCCUCGACUUGUUCCAGACCCCACCAUGGUGCGUGCUAGAGGUCGUCCGCGGUCAACUCGCAUCAGAAAUGAGAUGGACCUGACAGAGUCACAGCCAAGCCGGCGAAAUAAUUCACUCCAGAGAUGAACUAUUUUACACUGUUGUUGUUGUUGAUUUCUUAUCUUUGACUGUAGGACCCAUGAUGUAUAAUAAAGUUGUCUAAGA